AAAUAAUAUGUCUGACAAACUCUCAGAAGAAUUAGAUAAACCUGAAGUCACCCAGACAGAGCAAGAGACUGAAGAGGUCAAAGAGUUCGAUGUUGAAGCGCUAUGAAAGGAAUUUGACCACAAGAUAAAAGUCUCAAAUGACAAAAUAAUCGAUCUGAAUUAUAAACUUGAUGAGAUGAAUCAGCUCAAUGAAUGGGAAAAGUCUCGCUACGAUGAGCUCAAGAAGAAGACAGAUGCAAGCCUGGCAGCCAAGGAUGCUAAGAUAGAGCAGCUUGAGGACAGGUACUCGGACCUUGAAACCCAGAUUCUCAACACUUCGCAGUUCAUUGAGAAUGAAGAUUUGCAGCCUCUUCAGGAUGAAAUUUCAAAACUGCAAGUGCUUUUGAGGGAGGAAAAGGCAGAAUCUAAAAGUUUAUUGACCAAAUUGGAGAAGACCAAUGCUGUCUAUACCCAAAAAGUCAGUUUUUAUGAGACUCAGCUUGAGGAGACCAAGAUCAAGGCUCAAGACAGCCAGAAAGCAUACGACAGCUUGAUGGAGUCAGUCAAGAAACUUGAGGAGAAGAAUGAUAGGUUCAGUUUCCAUGAGCUGAUCCAGAAGCAGAGGAAGGAUCAAAUCCAAGAGCUUAAGGUGAUUGAGUCGAAGUACCAGGAGACUAACCAGAGUCUUAUGAACAAGAUCGAUGCCCUUACGGAGCAGAACAACAAGCUCGAGCUUGAUCUUAAAGUCUCUGUGACUGAGUUGCAGAGGGAGAACAACAGCCUCUCCUCAUUUGUUGAGGAGUUGCAGACCCAAAAAGCCAAGCUUGCUAGUGACUACAAAGCUCUGGAAAACGAAAAGCUUGAUUUGGUGAAAUCUAUCGAGUCUCAUUACAAAGACACUAUCAGGAAGUUAGAAGACCAGCUGAGCGAGGAGAGCCAGAAGAGCCAGGCUGAUAUGGAACAUACUAUCCUUGAGAACCAAAAGCAGCUUGAACAACUCAAGAUGUUCUACGAAGAAGAGAAACUCCGGAUUGAAAACAAGAUCAAGCAAGAGAAAGCCUCCUCCGAACGGAAGCUGGAUACUCUCAGAGAAGACUUUGAGAUCAAACUUCGUGAAGAGGAGGAAGUCAGAGAGGAGGAGUUCUACAAGCAGAUUGAGGAAGAACGCGAGCAAUUCAUUGACAAGAUCCAGUCAUUGGAGAAUGCACUCGGAGCAGCCAGCACUUCUAGCUCGGAGACCCUUUCCAAGCACAUUGCACUAUUAGAGAAAGAUAGGAUUGAGUUCAAGGAGAACCUUGAAAAUGAAUUUAAGAAAAGGAAAGAGGACCUUGAGGAUGAACGCAAGAACUUCAAAACCAGGCAGGCAACUCUAAACGGGGAAAUUGACAAGCUCAACUCCACAAUAGAGAACCUCAAGGAUGACCUUAUGAAGCAAAAAUUGGAAUACACCAGGGAAGAAGCCAUCAUUAAUCAGAAGUUGGUCUUCAAAGAUGAGAAGAUCACUGAAUUGCACAAAACAAUCAAGGAGAACUCUCAAGAGUACCAAGAGAGGCUUGAUGCUCUCAGAUCUGAGCUUUACGGUGAAUCCCAGCAGAAAAUUACCAAGCUGAAGGAUGAAAAUCAGAGACUUAUCGAGAAGCUUGAGGACAAGGCUGCCACACUGAAAAACCUCGAGUCAGAAAUCACCCGGCUUAAAGGUGAGCAAGAGAAGGAGACCCUCAUUUCAGGCCAGAAGAUCUCUUCGCUCGAGAGCAAACUGAGCAUGCUCAAAGAGAAGUACGAAAAAGAGAUUGAAGGUAUGAACUUUGAGAGCCAGAACACCAUUGAGCAACUAGAUAGUGAGGUGCAACAACUUGUCAAGGAAAAUGAAGAUCUGAAGGCCCAGCUCAUAGAUUUUGAGAGAGACUAUAGUGAGCUACAUAGUAAUUACGAAAGAGAUAAAGCCUUGUGGGAUGACAGGUGAGAGUUCCUCGAAAAUCAGAAGAACCAGGCUAAGCGGGACCUCCAAGAUGCGCACCAAAAGUUUGAGAUGACAGUAGAGCAACUGCAGCGGAAGGACUCUUCAGAGAGAGGGAAGACAGAGAGUGCCCAGUUGAUUCUGAUAAACAACAUUGAGAAAAAGUACAAGGAGCAGAUCAAGGACAUCAACGAGUCACAUGCAUCCACUAUUUCGGAUUGGAGUUCUCGCUACAAGAGUUUGGAGAAGGAAUACAAGGAGCUGAGUCAGAAGUACCAGAUAGAGUCUCGAGGAAAGAUCUCGGAGUAUUCUUCGAUGGAGUCCAAGAUCCGGGACUUGCUCGAGUCCGAGCAGUACUAUCAGGAGGAGAAUAAAUAAGCUCAAGUCUCAGCUUGACAAGCGGUGCCUGGAGACCCAGAUGCUGCUUGAAAAGGAGAAAGUCAAUUACAAGCAGAAUCUAGAAAUCCUUGAGAAGAAAUACAAGGACUCAGAGUCCAAGAGAAGCCUUCAGAUAUUCGAAGUUGAGAAGGAGAGAGCCAAGUGGGCCCUCGAGAAGGACAACAUCAAGCAUGAAUAUGACUUACUCAAGGACAAGAACAGGAAGUUGGCCAGUAAGAAGGAAAGACUAGAAAAGGAGUUAAUGAAGAUCAAAACUGAUUUUAGAGAACACCGCAAGAUCAUACAUAGUGGGGGAAUUAGCUCCUCUGCAGCUGCCAAGGAGUUUGCUAGUGAGAAAGUCAAGACUAUGAGCAGUGUAGACUCUUCGUUGAGUAGCAGCUACAAGCCUUCUAGUAGGACCUAUAAGAAGCCAAAAUAUUCUACCAAAAAUUAUAUUGGCGAUAAGUAGAAGUAACA